AUGAUAUUGAAUGUCAAUAAGAAAAGGCUUUUGCUGCUCUCGAUCCCAGCGGCACUGGUGAUCGUUGCUCUCGUGGUCGGCCUAACUGUUGGUCUACGAUCUCGGGACGAUGACAAUAAACCCCAUGCGCGGCUUACCGGAGCAGCCGUCACAUCGAACGGCAUCGAGUGUGCCGGCAUCGGUGAAGACAUACUGCGUCGCAACGGCACCGCAGUGGAUGCCGCUAUUGCCACGAUGUUCUGUGAGGGUGUUACCUGUCCGCAGAGUAUGGGCCUCGGAGGCGGGUUUCUUGCCACGAUCUACUUCCGGGAGACGAAAACCUCCGAAGCGCUGGUGGCCCGCGAAGUUGCACCGGCCGCAGCCACAGAGGACAUGUACGUGAACCAGUCGUCGACGCAGGGUGGUCUGGCCGUUGCCGUCCCCGGCGAAGUGAAAGGCUACUGGGCACUGCACCAGAAAUAUGGUCGGCUCGAGUGGAAGGAGCUCAUUCAGCCUACGAUUCAACUGUGCCGAAAUGGUCAUCUGGUUACGGGCUAUCUGGAGCGUAUACUAAAAGGCCGCGAGGAGCGAAUUCGAAACGAACCGACGCUGCGGGAUGUGUUUAUCAAUCCGGCCACACAGCAAACCUGGCUAGAGGGUGACAGACUCAAGCGUCCCACAUUGGCCGAUACGCUGGAAGUGAUCGCGGCAGAAGGUGCAGACGCGCUGUACAGUCGCAAUGGAACUCUCCUGCCGAAGCUGAUGCGUGAUCUCAAGCUGCUCGGAAGCAUCAUCACCGAGGACGAUUUUUACAAUUAUGAACCACGGUGGGUAGCUCCGAUACAAACCAGUAUUAGAAAAUCUAGUAAAGUCUAUUCGAUCCCACUGCCGGGCAGUGGACCCAUACUGAACUACAUGCUGAACAUCCUAGACAACUACGACGACCUACGGCAAGGCGAUCCUGUGUCGUGGCAUCGGAUAGUGGAGAGUUUCAAGCAUGGCUACGGAAUACGCACACAGGUCGGUGAUCCGGCGUACGUUCCCGGCAUUGAGGAUGUUAUGGAAAAGCUAUCGAGCAAAACGUACGCCCGAUACAUCUUCGAAACGAUCAAAGAUGACCGGACGCACACCGAUUUCGCACACUAUGGGGCCAAGUUUUCCAACGAGCGAGAUCUCGGUACGGCACAUGUGUCCGUGCUUGCCCCGAACGGCGAUGCCGUGUCGAUCACGAGCACCAUCAACAAUAUCAUCAUGAAACGCAGAACCAUUCUUACGCUGCUGAUCGCGGCGAUCAUUCUGACAAUCCUCACGGUCGUGUUUGUACUCGCUACCCAGGGCAACAUCGCAACGCAGCAACGGGUGGAAGAUAACGGUCAACAUCAGCGCACCGGUGCCGUCGUUGCGAACGGUGCAGAAUGUGCCGCGAUCGGUGCACAAAUCCUGCGCCUUAAUGGUACCGCUGCCGAUGCCGCCAUUGCAACGCUUUUCUGUGAAGGUGUCACAUGUCCGCAAAGUAUGGGCCUCGGUGGAGGUUUCCUGCUGACGAUCUACGACCGCCAGAACGGUACGGUUGAAACGCUGAACGCUCGGGAAACUGCUCCAGCCGCUUCCGAACAGAGUAUGCUUCUGGUGGCGAAGAAGCGCGGCCAGGACACGAGAGGACUUACCGUGGCAGUGCCGGGCGAGUUGAAGGGUUACUGGGAGCUGCAUCAGCGAUACGGUCGGCUUAAGUGGGCCACACUCGUGCAGCCAACGAUCGAACUGUGUGAGCGGGGACAUCUAGUGACACCUUACCUGAGUAGGAUUUUGCAGCGUGUGCAAACUCAACUCUACGCGGAACCAUCCAUGAGAGAAGUGUUCAUUAAUCCAGCCACAAACCGGACCUGGCAGGAGGGAGACACGAUUAAAAGGUUAAAACUGGCGGAGAGUUUGCGCAUCGUGGCGCAGGAGGGCGUCAACAGCAUGUACAGUAGGAACGGAACGCUCUUGAAGAUGUUGAUGAACGACCUCCAAUCGUUUGGCAGUAUUAUAGACGAGGAUGACUUUUUGAACUACAGACCACGUUGGGAAUCUCCCGAUUCGGUGACACUAAAAUCAGGCGAACAAGUUCACUCAAUCGCGGUGCCGGGAAGUGGAACAGUGCAGAACUUCAUGCUCCGCAUUCUCGAUGGCUACAGGGAAAUGGACUCGAAGGAUACCCUUACGUGGCACCGCAUUGUGGAGAGCAUGAAGUUUGCGUACGGUUUGCGCACACGCAUCGGUGAUCCUGCCUUUACACCGGAAGCGAUGGAGGUUAUCCGCAACUUAACGGAUCCACAGUUCGCAGACCACAUCCGCACCAAGCUGAUUAGUGACGAACGGACGUACAACGAUUUUGCGCACUAUGGGGCCGAGUUUGCCGACGUGGAGGACAAGGGAACGGCACACAUCUGUGUGUUGGCACCGAAUGGUGAUGCAGUAUCGGCAACGAGCACCAUAAAUUAUCUACUUGGAGCCAAAAUACGAUCACAAUCGACGGGCAUCAUUCUGAACGACGAAAUGGACGACUUUUCCACACCGGGCACAGUGAAUACGUACGGAUUGCCGGCAUCGCCUGCUAACUUCAUUGCGCCGGGAAAAAUCCCACUCUCCUCCAUGACGCCCUCGAUCGUCACCGAUCGGAAUGGUUCGGUGCGGAUGGUUCUUGGUGGUGCUGGAGGUUCACGCAUUACCAGUGCAACGGCCGUCAUGAUUUAUCGGCAUCUAGUAUUUGGGCAUGAUCUUGAUACAAUUAUGAAUGAAAAACGGCUCCAUCAUCAGCUGGCACCGAUGUGGGUUGACUACGAAGCCGGAUUUCCGCAGUCCAUACUGGAUGGACUUACGGCCAAAGGCCAUCGGGUGAAGGAGAAAACUCCGGAUGCCGGAUUUGCCGCUGCGACUGGCAUUGUGCAGGACGCUAAGGAACACGCGGUUCAGGCGGCGUUCGAUCCACGACGCGGUGGUAGUAUGGAGAUUGUGAAAAUGUAG